UGAGGGGCGGACUAGCGGCAUCUGCGCAUGCCUAGUACGUGCACAGUGCUGGCGCGGGUGGCAGUCAUGGCGGCUCGGUGCGUGAGUUUGGUGCGGCGCAACCUCCCGGCUUUGGCGUUGUCUCUUAGGCCCGCCCCUCGGCUGCUGUGCACGGCCACAAAACAGAAGAACAACGGCCAGAACCUGGAAGAGGAUGUGGGGCACAGUGAACAGAAGACAGACCCUCCCUCUACGGAGAAGACACUCCUGGAGGAGAAGGUCAAGCUGGAGGAGCAGCUGAAGGAGGCUACGGAGAAAUACAAGCGAGCUUUGGCAGAUACUGAGAACUUGAGGCAGAGGACCCAAAAACUGGUGGAGGAGGCAAAAUUAUAUGGCAUUCAGGCCUUCUGCAAGGACCUGCUAGAGGUGGCAGACAUCUUGGAGAAGGCGACACAGUCUGUCCCCAAGGAGGAGAUUUCGGAGGACAACCCCCACCUGAAGAACCUCUACGAGGGGCUCGUGAUGACCGAGGUGCAGAUCCAGAAGGUGUUCACGAAGCACGGCCUGCUCCGGCUGGACCCCCUGGGUGCCAAGUUCGACCCCUACGAGCACGAGGCCCUGUUCCACGCGCCGGCGGAGGGGCAGGAGCCGGGCACGGUGGCGCUGGUGAACAAAGUAGGCUACAAGCUGCACGGGCGCACCCUGCGGCCGGCCCUGGUGGGGGUGGUGAAGGGGGCCUAGCCCC